AAUUCUUAUUAAAAAUAAUUACGAAAAUAGUUAUUCUUUUUAAUGAAAUGCGAUAUUUUAUUUUAUCGCCAACUACUAUACUCCGGUUUUCAUGGAAAUAGUUUAUUUUACCAAGAACGAUAUAAGAUCGUAUUUGUUUGCUGAAUAGUAAGCGGAUUAACAAUUGCUUGGGACAACUUCGUUCUUUGCUGCCAUUUACAAACUCAAUGAAACGAGAUAUGGCAUCAUUGUUAGAGCAGACUGUGGAAUAUAUCAAUACCAUGCACACUGUCCUCAAUGAAGAAAAACCAGCAUGCUUGUCAAGGGUGUAUAUGACAUAUCAGAAAAAGAUUGAGGAAUAUGACUUUUGCAGAAAAUCUUGCGUUCCAAAAUCUACAAAGAAAAAAUUCUCAAGUGUUGGAGGGAUAUGCUCUCAUAGUUCUGAUAAUCAAUCAUCAUCACCAGUUUUAUACCAAGGAUGUUCAAGUAAUCCUUAUGAUAUCAAAGGGAGGGAUAGGAUGAAUACUGAUGCAAAACGUCACUGCUCUUCGUUAUCACAUGAUCAAAGUAUGGUUCCACCAGAAAUUUCAACCCCUACUGGUCCUUACUUGCAAAAUUGGCAUCCAUCACAACAAAUUAUUGAACCUACUGGAAAUAUUAACAAUAAUAACUUCAUGCCUACAUUUCUACCAUGUGGCAGUGAUUGUAGAAGUGGGAUCCUGAAUUCAAACCAUUAUAUAUUUGAACAAUCUCCACUGCCAAGUCAAUAUGGAAUGCUUCAAAAACAAUCAAAUCAAUAUUCUCCACACACAUCUUCGAAAUUUCUUCCACCAUUGACAAAAAUGUGUACUGGGAUGCCAAGACCUCUUCUGCAAUAUGGUGUUUCAACAUCAGUGGGUUCUCUUCAAGGAGAAAAUGUUGGAGAAUGCAGUGAGGAUUCCUCAUCGGACAUCUCGCAUAAAAGUGGCAUAAGUGUUGAGGAAAUGAUCAGUAAAAAUCGUAAGCCUCAAAAUUUUUUGAAUGUGUCAAGUUUGGUGGAAAGUAAUGACCAAGGCGGUAUGAUGCAGAUGAAUCCAUCACCAUGGAGACAGCACGAUUUCACGUCUGUAGUUCCAUUCAACCCUAUUAUUUCCAAGAGUGACAAUCCAACACAUAAUUUGCUUGCUCCAAUGGACAUGUCAUUAUCACCACCAUCUGAUGCUCACAAAACAUCACCACAAUUCAUGGGAGUUUCUAAAUUAUGUGGUGGAGGAUUCACAACAAAUAGAGAAAUGGGAAUCAUAAGCAAACCAAUGUCUGUUAGCAAUAUGCUUAAUGAAGUAACUGGAAUCAAUAGCACAGGUUAUUCUUCAAAAUAUGGAUCUUCUGAACAUAAAGUCACACAAAUGACGAGUUUGCAAAAAAAGUAUCAGCCAUCUGUAUCACAAAAAGACUCCGCAAAAUCAACUGCAAUUGAGAUGCGUUAUUCAUCUGCGCCAGUUGUUUGGGGAGGCUCCACUCCAACCUUGUUUAGCAAUUUUUUUACCCCACCAUCAUCUCACGCAGACAAACUAAUAGCUGAUGCUGCUGUAAUAUCACCCUUGAAGUCAGAUACCCCAGAUGUUGAAUCUAAAACGUCAACAACAAAAGACCUUGGGGGAGUUCCUCACGAUUCAGAGAACGUUACCCCGGAAUCGACGGCGAAGACUGAUGAAAACAAUAAUUUGGAAACUGAUGGAUCUUAUCCGACCUCCAACGCGGAAUCGGAUUUGGCAAAGGUCGAAAAAGCCAAGUGAAGUCAAAAAUUUGGACUUUGCUAUUGUGAUUAAAUUUCUUCACGUUAUUGUUCAGUUCUUUUGUUUAUUUCAUCCACGUUCAUACUUGUGCAUGUUGUUCAUGCGUGUCGAGUAAAAUGUCACUCUUUUCAA